GCUCCUCUCUGUCAAAUACUGGAGAGUCCCGAGUUUCCACUGUUAUCUAAAGAAGGGGAUGUCGUGAUCGGAGGAGCCUUUUCUAUCCACAGCAGAGUCUCACAACCUUCACUCCUCUUCACAGAAAAACCUGCACGUCUCAGGUGUUCAAGCACCAACCUGAGGGAGUUUCGCUUUGCCCAAACCAUGAUAUUUGCUGUUAAGGAAAUUAACAAAAGUAAAUUUCUUCUUCCCAACGUUACUAUCGGAUAUCGAAUUUAUGACAACUGUGGCUCGACGCUGUCGUCAAUGCGUGCUGUGAUGGCUCUGCUCAAUGGUGAUGAGUGGACUUUAGAGAAGAGCUGCUCUGGCCAGUCUGCUGUCAGCGCUAUUAUAGGAGAGUCAGAAUCGUCUUCAACCAUUGUCCUGUCUCGAACCACUGGACCUUUUAAAAUACCCGUGAUCAGUCACUCAGCUACCUGUGAGUGUUUGAGCAGCAGGAAGGAGUAUCCCUCUUUCUUUCGAACUAUUGCUAGCGAUUUGCACCAAAGUCGAGCCCUCGCUCAGCUGGUCAAGCACUUCGGCUGGACUUGGGUCGGGGCGGUCAACAGUGACAGUGACUAUGGCAACAACGGCAUGGCGAUCUUUCUGGCUGCAGCUCAGGAGGAGGGAGUGUGUGUGGAGUACUCGGAGAAGUUUCACCGGGCGGAACCUCAAAAACUUCUGAAAGUGGUAGAGGUGAUUCGAAAAAGCACCGCCCGGGUCAUUGUCGGAUUCCUGGCUCACGUAGAAAUGAACAACCUCCUCGAGCAGCUCAGUCUGCACAACAUCACAGGCCGACAGUUCAUCGGCGUGGAGGCCUGGAUAACCGCCGACAGCCUGGUGACUCCCACCAGCUUCAGAGUGCUGGGAGGCUCGCUGGGCUUCGCUGUGCAGAAAGCCAACAUCAGCGGCAUGGAUGGCUUUUUGACAAAAGACUUCUGGGAGACAGAAUUUCAGUGCGAGGAGGCGAUUGACGACACUAUGGCAAAAACAGCGACUUGCACAGGAAGCCAGGAUCUAAUUAAGCUGAAAGAUUACAAUGAUGAUGUGGCCGAGCUGAGAUAUUCUGCUAACAUAUACAAAGCAAUCUACGCUGUUGCUCAUUCUCUGCACAACAUUCUCAAGUGCUCUGACAAUCAGGGCUGUGACAAGACAGUGAAGGUUACACCUGAGCAGGUAGUGGAGUCUCUGAAGCAGGUAAAUUUUACCAUCAAGAACGGAGAGCAGGUGUGGUUUGACGGCAGUGGAGCAGCUACAGCCAAGUACGAGGUGGUGAAUUGGCAGCGUGGGUCAGAUGGAUCCAUCCACUUUGAGCCAGUUGGAUACUAUGAUGCCUCGCUGCCUCCUGGACAGAUGUUUGUCCUUCGAACUGAAGCUAUAAUGUGGCCCGGAGGAAGCAAAGAGCUGCCAGUGUCAGUGUGCAGUGACAGCUGUCAUCCAGGAACAUUCAAAGUCCUUCAGAAAGGGAAGCCUGUCUGCUGUUAUGACUGCAUUCCAUGCACUGAUGGAGAAAUAAGCAACUCCACAGAUUCAAAUGACUGCGAAAAGUGCCCCGAGGAGUAUUGGUCCAAUCAAAACAGAGAUGCAUGCGUGCUAAAAACUGUUGAGUUUCUGUCCUACACUGAAGUUAUGGGUCAGGUACUUGUGUUUUUUACUUUGUUUGGGGUUUUCCUGACGAUCACUGUGGGUAUUCUGUUUCUGAUCCAUAAGGACACACCACUGGUAAAGGCCAAUAACUCUGAGCUGAGCUUCCUGCUGCUCUUCUCUUUGACUCUGUGCUUCCUGUGCUCUCUGACCUUCAUCGGCCGGCCCUCUGAGUGGUCCUGCAUGCUGAGACACACGGCGUUUGGCAUCACCUUCGUCCUCUGUAUCUCUUGCACUCUGGGGAAGACGAUCGUGGUGUUGAUGGCCUUUAGAGCCACACUUCCAGGCAGUAAUGUGAUGAAAUGGUUUGGGCCUGCGCAGCAGAGAGUUAGCGUUUUGGCUUUCACUCUUAUACAGAUAAUAAUUUGCAUACUGUGGCUGACAAUCAACCCACCGUUUCCUUUAAAAAACACAAAGUACGACAAGGAAAAGAUCAUCCUUGAGUGUGCCCUGGGAUCAGCUGUAGGGUUCUGGGCCGUGCUGGGAUAUAUCGGACUUUUGGCCCUUCUAUGCUUUGUACUUGCAUUUUUGGCAAGAAAGCUUCCUGAUAAUUUCAAUGAAGCCAAAUGUAUCACUUUCAGCAUGCUGAUAUUCUGUGCAGUGUGGAUCACAUUCAUUCCUGCAUAUGUCAGCUCUCCUGGGAAGUUCACUGUAGCUGUGGAGAUUUUUGCUAUUCUGGCUUCUAGUUACGGGCUCCUCCUCUGCAUAUUUGCACCAAAAUGCUUUAUUAUUGUUUUUAAACCUGAACUUAACACAAGAAAACAUUUAAUGGGAAAAAUACAAUCUGAAUAA